AUGACUCUGACUCGUAUCAGUAGAAACGAAAUUCCAGAUGUUCGCUUAUCAAAAAUCGAUUAUGAAAGAUAUAAAUCAAAAUUUCCAGGUUCUUUAAAGCAAGGUGUCACCUUUUCUAAUCAAUCGAAGAUUCAUGGUCAACUUAGAAACAUUAGAGGCGAAAAUAAUUUUACAAACGAAAUCAUUGAUAAUAUAUCAGAAAUUACUAUCGAUGUUGAUAAUGAUUCAUUAACUGACACCUCAGAUUCUGUCUCAGAAACUUACACGUCUGAUGGUCUGGAUUGUUGUGAAUUAAUUGAUUGUUCAUCGUCAGACAAUGAACGGUUAAUCACUAACAAAAUUGCCGAAGUUCAAACAGCACCAAUAAAUAAUAGUGGUUUACAACCCGUGGCGACAAAAUCAAAAAAAUGCUCUAAUGAUAGACAAAUAGAAAACUAUGCGCUAAAAUCCGAAUUAAGCACUUUGAAAACACAAUACAUUGAUUUGGAAAAGGAAAUUACCAAUUUAAAAGAAAAGAACGCCGCUUCCAACGAAAGAAAAACAUUCCUUGAAUUACAAGGAACCGAAUUCAAAUAUACAAUUAAAACCCUCGAAGACACGAUCAAAGGCUUUGAAGCUACUAUUAAAGACCUCGGAAAUAAUGAACUAAAUCUCAAAGCACAACACAAAGAACUUUUAAAGGAAUUAACUUUAUCGCGAUCAGUUAAUAAAUACAAUAAACGAAUUACGAAAAAAGGGAAAAGAAUUAAAAAAUAA